UGCGUCGACGGACGACACACCGCGCCGCGGCCAUGAGAGCGGCGCCGAUGGUCGCGUAGACGCGCUGACCAGCGCUGACCCCCCGAACGGCGCUUGACGUUGUCGCGAGUCAUUUUUCCAGCCGAGCGGGACGCGAGGAGAACCGGCCGACCGGGAGCGGGUGACAUCAUGGCUGUCACCGAGCUGGCCACGGAGCAGGCGUUCGACGACUUCGUCAAGUCCAAGGAUCUAUCCAUCGUGCACUUUCACGCACCAUGGGCGGAGCAAUGUUCCCAAAUAGACGACGUACUCGCGGAGAUGGGCAAAUUGGAGCAGUACAAGGAGGUCAAGUUCGCUAGGAUCGAGGCGGAGAACGUGCCCGAGGUGUCUCUGAAGUCCGGAGUGGCUGUCGUGCCCACGAUUCUUCUGCUGCGAUGCGGCGGCGUGAUAGGCAGGGUGGACGGUGCCAACGUCUCCGCGCUGACGGAGAAGAUCAAGCACCACCUGGGCAACAAGGACGCUCCGCCGCUCGAUGCGGCCAAGGCGAAGGAAUCUCUCGAGGACAGGCUGAGGAAGCUGGUGAACCAGGCGCCGUGCAUGCUGUUUAUGAAGGGGAAUCCGGCGAAUCCGCGGUGUGGCUUUUCCAGGACGAUCACUUCCUUACUGGACGGUUACAAGGCGGACUACAAGUCGUUCGAUAUACUGCAGGACAAUGAAGUUAGGGAGGGACUUAAAAAGUUUAGCGAUUGGCCGACGUAUCCGCAGUUGUAUAUCAAUGGGGAGCUGAUCGGCGGAUUGGACAUAGUGAAAGAGAUGGCCGAGUUAGGCGAGUUGGAAAGUAUGCUACCAAAGAAAGAGAAUGCCGAUGCCAAUUAGGCCCGCGGUCUGUUUAAGCAUAGUUCUCUUUUACAGCGAUCCUCGCGUGUAAUAACGAAUAUUAUUUUUCCAAGCUGUUUGCUAGUUUUACCUGUCGCCUCUUUAACGUUGCCUCGCAUUACGCGAUUGAAAUUACAUAUCCUGUACAAUAAAUUAAAUCUCGGGUGAAUUAUGGUCGA